GGUAUUGUCCCUGGGAAUAUUGCACAAUGUGUCACGUUUCCCCACUCCCCUGUAACCAGUGUAUAAAUGCCCAGCUAACAGGUGGGUUCUAGCAGGCAGCAUCCAGAUUUGGUAAGUCAGUACUCCUCUCAGAUCACUAGUCAUACUGUGUGGUUCAACAAAGUUAGAUCUUUUUGGUUUGGUGAAAUGAGUAUAUCUGAACUGACUAAGUUUGAAAUGUUAUAAUACCCUCCAGAGAAUGUGUAUGUUUAUGCUUACUAUGCAAAAAUGUAUAUAUUUGAUGUUUCAUAACAUUUGUUUUUUAACGUGGUUUAUUGCAGUCUUGUGACAGUUGUCCUUUAAAAUAUAUAUAUUUUUUUUUAAUCACAUAGAUGACCUGUAUAGAUACAAUUAAAUCAAAUCAAACAUUUAUUUAGAGUGCAUUUAAAAGUGACUGCCUUUCCAGUAGAGGUAAAUUGUGGCUAAAGUGUGGAUGAAUAAAAUAAGUGUUUUUUCCUUCAGGUUGUGUUCCCCGUUUCUGCCCCUGUAUAAGUAACUACUGUUGAUGAGGAUGAUCUUGGUAGCUCUGCUGGGGCCUCUACUGGUUCUGUCCAGCACUGGACAUACCUCAGGUACAGACAAUUAUACUAUAUAUUUAAUACAUCUAAAUAUUUAUGUAUAUUACAUAAUGAAUACUAUAUAUGACAAACAAUACAUCAUUUUCUAAAUUUGAUUUUCUUUUUGAGUGUGUUAUUUUAGUUCUGCCAUAUUGAGAUAAAAUAUAUUUGGUUAGAGUUGACAGUAUAGGGAUACAUGUAUUAUGUAUUAAGUAUUGUAUUUACUAAGUAUUUAUAUACAGUAUAAUAGUAUAUAACCCACCACACAAUUUACUUCUGUAUUUUCUCUGCUCUUUAGUCUCAGAACCUAAAAAUGGUUGCAUCAAAACAAUUCAGGUGUAUCAUGAUACCACAACCUAAAAAGAAGAUGAACCCAUAUAUUCCCAAAUUCCCACAGGUACGAUUGUCACCAGCUGCGAGGCGUGUCACGAACAAGCCGUCUGCCACCACACCUCACUCAUGGCAGGUGAUAUCACAUGCACCUGUAAGAAGGGCUUCUCCGGCGACGGCCUCAUCUGCACACCUGGCCACAACGACGCCGGCGCCGACCACCACGCCCCUCGCCGUGUCCGCCGCUCCUAUCCCACCUCCAACAGCAACCUUGCCCAUGUCCGGUUCAACUGCGGCUUUUAUGAGUGCGCCGACGGGGAGGACUGCAUCACGGUCGACGGCAUCCAGCAGUGCGCCGACCCCUGCAAGAGACACACAGUGCUGAAUGAAGCGUGGCGCUCCACUAACAACAAUGAGGGCGAGAAGCACUGCGACCGCAACGUCCACUGGGAUGGCUAUUACCGCAUGUUCAUCGGUAACCAGAGUGUGUCCAUGCCGGACAAGUGCGUGGAGUCGUUCAUGUGCGGCACCCAGGCUCCCUUGUGGCUGGCGUUCCCUCACCCCCAGCAGGUGGAUGCGAUUGUCCGGAGUGCAGUCUGCGCCAGCUUCAGAGGGGUAUGCUGCUGGGUGCAGUCUCAGCCCAUCCACGUCAAGGCCUGCCCCGGGAACUACUUUGUGUACAAGUUCGUCAUGCCGCCCGGGUGCUACUUCGCCUAUUGUGCAUGUAAGGUUUCGCUGUCUGCUUUUCCAAGUUCUGAGGGGGGCUUGGCUUGUUGUUGUUCUGCCUUUUGAAUUGAAGUUAUUGUAGCUUUUUUUUUUUUACUGUUUACUGCUUAGUAAAGCUGGUUAUAUACACCAUGAUGUUCUUCUUAUGGCCCUAGAUAUCAACAGUACUCAGCAUAUUCAUCCAGUACAUUCAUAUAGGCCUAUUGUAUGAUUCUAGUAAUACCAGCAUACUAGUUAUUUCAAAACAUGAGCGAUGAAUGUUCCCUCAUAACUGUGUCUCCUGUUUAACUCCUUGUUCCAGAUGUGGCAGCUCUCACCACAACACCAAAACCAGUCACAACAACAACUGCAACAACCACAACAACAAAAGCACCUGUAAAGGUCACCACGACAACACAAACACCAGUAAAAGACACCACAACAACACAAACACCUGUUAAGAUCACCACGACAACACAAACACCUGUUAAGAUCACCACGACACCGCAAACACCUGUUAAGAUCACCACGAUAAUGCAAACACCUGUAAAGGUCACCACGACAACACAAACACCAGUAAAAGACACCACAACAACACAAACACCUGUUAAGAUCACCACGACAACACAAACACCUGUUAAGAUCACCACGACACCGCAAACACCUGUUAAGAUCACCACGAUAAUGCAAACACCUGUAAAGGUCACCACGACAACACAAACACCAGUAAAAGACACCACAACAACACAAACACCUGUUAAGAUCACCACGACAACACAAACACCUGUUAAGAUCACCACGACACCGCAAACACCUGUUAAGAUCACCACGAUAAUGCAAACACCUGUUAAGGUCACCACGACAACACAAACACCUGUAAAAGACACAAUAACAACACAAACACCUGUUAAGAUCACCACGGCAACACAAACACCCGUAAGAAACAUCACUAUGACAAAAUCACCAGUAGAUGUCACCUCGACAAAAACACCAGUAGACAACAAUCGCACGACAACAACAACGCAGUCACAGGUUGCCAUGACUACGCCAAAAGCCAUGUGUGGUACCUGCAGAGCGGGGGAGACCUGCGUGAGCAAUGAUGGCGUCACCUGGUGGUGUGAGAGGCAAAGUGAGUCCUCAGAAAACACCUGAUUGAGGUCCUAUGUACACUCCUUGAAAAAAGGUGCUAUCUAGAACCUAAAAGGGUUAUUCGGCUGUCCCCAUAGGAGAACCCUUUGAAGAACCCUUUUUUGGUUCCAGGUAUAACCCUAUUGGGUUCCAAGUAGAACCCCUUCCCUAGAGGGUUCUACCUGGAAUCAAAAAGGGUUCUACCUGGAAUCAAAAAGGGUUCUACCUGGAACCAAAAAGGGUUCUCCUAUGGGGACAGCCGAAGAACCCUUUUGGAACCCUUUUUUCUAAGAGUGUAUAUGAGAAUGUGUAAUUCCUUCUUUUCAUUUGGGGUUCUUGAAUAACAUUCUUUCCUGUUUUCUGUCUUUUCUUAACCCUCUCUCCCUCUCUUUCUCUCUUACAGAUCAGCCUGUUUUGCUCCGCCCAGAGGUGGUGUGUGGGCGGAGCCUGAUACAGGUGGGUCUCAACAGGACGAACCUGGAGGCCGCUGGUCUAGACGCCACCACUGCUAACCUGGCCGACCCCCGGUGCAACGUUCACGAAGAGCGUGACGGCAUGGUAUGGUACCAGGUGGAGCGCAUGGAGGGCACCUGUGGAAACACUCUCGAGGUGAGAACCCCCCCCCCCGACCAGUUCACCCCGUUCCUCACCAAAACUUUCAACAGAGAACACUUGAUGUGAGACAUGUUGCCAUCAACAGAAAAUGAUUAAUUGAUGAACUGAAAUCCAAUUGUCCAAGAAUUGUAUUGAGAACUGGUGAGAGGUCCUCUCCUAGCUUCUAAUCUUCUUCCCUUUUCCCCCUUUUCCCAGACAAACGGAACUGACGCCAUCUUCUCCAACAGUUUAUUUGUCUACCACAUUCGCAAUGUAUCAUUCACCCGACCCGUGAGCGUGCCUUUCUCCUGUGCCUAUCCUCUGGAAUCAGAGACCAGCCUGGAUGUGGCCAUCAAACCCUACCUGUCGUAAGUGGAGACGUUACAGUAAACAAUGUAGAACAUGGACAAUGUAACACAAUGUAACACAAUGUAACACAAUGUAGAACAAUGUAGGCUAACACAUGUUGAACUGUCAGUAUUCUGUUAAUGCAUAGACAGUUAUUACUCUAAAACUGUGUUUCUUGAUGAUCCUUUAGAUAGUUAAGAGGUUUUGCCCCUCCGUCCACUCAUCACAGUACUGGUUGUUCUUGUUAUUCCACGAAAAUACUCAGUUGAAGCUGGCUGUGUAAUUGUGUUAGCUUAUAAUAUUAAUAAUAAUAAUCAUUUAUAUCUUGCCUAUGUAAAGUGACUUUGGGUGUCUUGAAAAGCGCUUCAAAAAUAAUGUGUAUUUAUUAUUAUUAUUAUUAUUAUUAUUAUUAUUAAUAAGAAUAACAAUUAAUUGUAUUUAUCCUGUAAAGUGUAUUUGUCAGACCCAAGGCACUUUGUUUGUCAUUCAUCAUCUCUGACUGCAUCUCUUAUUAACUAAAUCUCCUAUUCACCCCUUUGACAGGCUGAAGGAUGCCAAAGUCGGUAAGGGCUCCAAAGUGGGCUCCAACAUGACUCUGUACCGCAACGACAACUUCACAGAGGCUUACCCAGCGGGCGGAGUCACCUUGCCGGUGGGUUCCGUGCUGCACGUGGGUGUGUCCGUAGAGGAGUCAGAGACGGAGCGUUUUGUGGUCGUUCUGGAGGACUGCUAUGCCACGCAAUCCCCCGACCCAGAGGACAUCAUGCGAUACUACAUCAUUCAGAACAAGUAUGUGUGUGUGUGUCUUGGUUCAUACUCAAGGAACAUAUGGAGGAGGUUUUCCCAGACACAGAUUAAGCCUAGUCCUGGACUAUAAAACACUUUAAAUGGAGCUUCUCCAUUGAGAAUGCUUUUUAAUCCAGGACCAGGCUUUAAUCUGUGUCUGGGAAACCGGCCCCUAAUGUUUGUGUAUUUUGUGUUGCGUUAUCUAACUUAAACCCUGGCCCUCCCUGUUUCCUAGAUGUCCGACUGAAUUCCGUCAGGUGAGGGUGGAGGAGAGCGGCUCGUCCCUCAGGGCUCGCUUCUCCGCUCUGCUGUUCCUGUACCAGGGGGACUACCGGGACGUCUUCCUGCACUGCAGACUCAGCCUGUGUGACCAGAGGAGCUCCUCCUGCACUCCAGUGAGUCCUGCAUCUUUCCCGCUGGCUCAUCCACUCAGUUUGUGGUCUCUCUCUGGUCUCACUCAUUUUGUGUGUGGUGGUUUCUGACACUUCUGAGUCUCUCUGUCUCAGUGUCUGGUCUCUCUGACUCUCCUGAGUCUCUCUGUCUCAGUGUCUGGUCUCUCUGACUCUCCUGAGUCUCUCUGUCUCAGUGUCUGGUCUCUCUGACUCUCCUGAGUCUCUCUGUCUCUCUGGUCUCUCUGUCUCUCUCUGGUCUCUCUGACUCCUUCUCGUCUCUCUCCUCAGGUGUGCGCCAAAAGGAAAUACCGCUCUGUCACCUCUUCCGUCCCCCUCGAACCCCUCACCAUCGGACCAAUCACCUGUUAGUAUGACCUCAUAAGUUAUUACUCAAAACCAAUAAGUUAAUAGAUGUCAAUCAAACAAAUUAUUUUGAUGUCAGUGAUGGACACUCAGGUAACUAACUAACUAACUAACUGUGUAUUUGUUUUUGACAUUCAGGGUCCCAAAAUGAAGAUUGAUCUUCCUGAAUCCCUGUCAUGCUUCCUGUAUCGUAAAUAAACAAUGCAUCCAAUUAUCUAAAUGAUUUAUGUGAAGUUCAUAAACCUAUCUCACCUAUACAUCAUUUAUGUCAUAAACCAAACCAUUUCAUAUUUCAUAUCCAGUUAUAAAAAAGUAUAUUUUAAGGCUAUUUUUAUAUUUCUUGUAUGGCUAGAAUAAUUGGGAAAAUAUUUAUUUUUGAACCAACACAAAUUCAUUGUUGAACCUUAAACUAAGGCUUGAGGACAGAAAGUGUAUGUGCUGGACACACAUCUCCCUUUUCUAGUUUGCACUGCAGCAAUAACUUUUAUUUUAAAGAAAAUAUUAUUUAAUCCUAUUACUCUAAAAUGCUUUGUAUGUGCAGCAAUUUAAUAGUGUUAAUAAAGAUGAUAAAUGUAUGUAUCAAUGUAUUCAUGUUUGAAUAAUGUACUGAGCAUGUACUGGACCCAUUGCUAUAGCUUGGUUCUUUCU